GCUUCUUCAGUACAAUGCACGAUUUAGUAGCCAAAGCACGUUUAUAGUUAACGAAGGGAGACAAAGCCUUGGAGGUUUUUAAUACGACGAUGCUUACGCCAGUAGAUCCUCACCAGAUGGCAUUUUUUGCCAGUAUGUGGCCCACGGCAAUAGUGCUGACCACCUACCUGGUGUUCGUCCUGAAGCUGGGUCCCAAACUGAUGGCGCAGAGGAAGCCCUUUGAGCUGCGCGGCAUGAUCAAGGCUUAUAACAUCGUUCAGAUCGUGUACAAUAUCGUUACAUUUGUAUAUUACGCACACUUCCUGUUCGUCCUGCGGCCCUACAACCUGCGGUGCAUAGUUUCAUUGCCCAUGGACCACGAGUACAAGGAUAGGGAGCGCCUUAUCACAAAUGUGUACACGAUGAAUAAAAUCAUGGACCUGCUGGAUACGGUGUUCUUUGUGCUGCGCAAGAAGAACAGGCAGAUUUCUUUCCUGCACGUGUUCCACCAUGUGGUCCUGGUCGUACUUUCUUAUGCGAUUCCGACGCUAUACGGCUUCGGCGGCUCCGUAUUGCCAAUGGCGUUCCUAAACCAGAUCGUACAUUCGAUAAUGUACACCUAUUAUCUACUGUCCUCCAUUAGCCCCGCGGCCCAGGCGAGUCUCUGGUGGAAGAAGUACAUCACCAUCGUUCAGUUGAUCCAGUUUGCUCUCAUCAUUCUUCAAUGCCUCAACGUGCUGGUGCAGCCCAAUUGUGAUUCUCCGCGACCGGUGGCCUAUGUGUUUGGAUCCUUCUCGGUGGCCUUGGCCGUGAUGUUCUCCAAAUUCUACUUCAAAACGUACAUUCAACCAAGCAGGAGGAAGUCGGAGAAAUCUUAGACCAAGCAAAAAUCAAACAAUUGUUAUUAGCAUUAAUUUGAAAAAUAGGUGUCUCGCGUUAAAAAAUAGCUUAUGCAUUUUGUUUGUUUAUACUUACGUGGAUACACUGCGGCUUGCCAGUUUUUGCAUACAUAAUAAAAUUAUAUGUAUUAUGCUGUGACAUUGUGCUCUACGGA